CUCUCCACACCUCCCCGCCUCCCACCUCCCACCCCCCCACCUACCCCAUGGCCGAAGAAUACGAAUCAAACAAAGCCGCCUCCGUCGGCGUCUCGGACGACGACCUCCGCGAGUCCCAGAAGCCCUCCUCCUCCGGAAAAUUCUGGCCCAUCUUCGCCACCGGUGCCGGCCUCUUCUCUGACGGCUACCUCAACAACGCUAUUGGCUCUGUCAACACCAUCCUCAAAAUCCUCUACCCCACCCAAUACGCAGACUCCCCCGCCACCAGCAAUGUCUCCUCCAUCGCCUUCGCCGGCACCGUCCUCGGCCAGCUCUCCUUCGGCUACAUCUCCGACCACUACUCCCGCAAACUCGGCAUGCUCGUCUCCACCGGCAUCCUCAUCGUCUUCUCCAUCCUCUGCGCCGGCUCCUGGGGCGCCGGUGGCUCCGUCGGCGGCAUGCUCGCCGCCCUCACCGCCUACCGCUUCUUCAUCGGUGUCGGUAUCGGCGGUGAGUACCCCGCCGGCUCCGUCGCCUGUGCUGAGGCUUCCAACGAAAUCAAGUCCGGCCAGCGUAACCGCAUGUUUGUCUUCUUCACAAACUUCAUGAUCGACUUUGGCUUCGUCGUCUCCGCCUUUGUCCCUCUCGUCCUCCUCUGGAUCUGCUCCGAGAACCACCUCAACACCGUCUGGCGUGUCUCCCUCGGCCUCGGCGCCAUCCCUCCCAUGUCUCUCUUCUGGCUCCGCCUCAAGUUCAAGGAGCCCGAGCAGUUCCGCAAAAACACCAUGCGCAACGCAAAGUCCGUCCCCUACCUGCUCAUCAUCCGCUUCUACUGGUUCAGACUGGUGAUCGUCGCCCUCAUCUGGUUCAUCUACGACUUCUCCGCCUACUCCUUCUCCCUCUACUCCUCCACCAUCCUCAACCACAUCAUCCCCGACGGCUCCCUCUACAAGACCUUUGGCUGGAACGUCGUCCUCAAUCUCUUCUACCUCCCCGGCUCCUUCCUCGGCGCCUUCUCUUCCGACAUCAUCGGCCCUCGCUACACCCUCGCCAUCGGUGUCGCCCUGCAAGCCAUCGUCGGCUUCAUCAUGGCCGGUCUCUACGAGCACCUCCAGCGCCACAUCGCCGGCUUCGUCGUCAUCUACGGUAUCUUUCAGACUCUUGGUGAGUUUGGCCCCGGUGAUUGCAUUGGACUGAUCGCUUCCAAAACCUGUGCUACCCCUGUUCGCGGCCAAUACUACGGCAUCGCCGCCGCCGCCGGAAAGAUCGGUGCCUUCGUCGGCACCUACGUCUUCCCCGUCAUCAUCAAGAACGCCGGCGGCGAGGACACCACAAAGGGCAACCAGGCCCCCUUCUGGGUCUCGUCUUCGCUCUGCGUGUUUUCCGCUUUCCUCGCCAUCUUCCUGCUGCCCAAGAUCUCGCAAGAGUGCAUCUCUGAGGAAGACGACCGUUUCCGCGAGUACCUCUACUCCAAGGGCUGGGAUGUCAGCCAACUUGGCGACCACGACAUGGACAUGGACGAGCUUGUGCCGUCCACCGAUGUCGUCGGCGGCGCCGAGUAUGAGAAGAAGGAAGAUGCUGCAAACUAGUAAGUUCGGAUAUAUAUCGUAGUAAGUUUCUUGUUGGACGUACAUAGAUCUCUUGGUAUUAGCUGACUACAAGAUAUCCAUCUUGCUGUUUCCUCUUUCUUGUCUCUUUAAUUUAAUUUAAUAAUAUGCGUAAUGUAUUGCUUUUCAUAAUCAUUAAUCCU